UACAAACGUAAAGCAUGAGGUUUCAAAGACAUGAUAGAGACCAACUUUGAGGUCUAAUGAAAAUAUGGUGGAGACCUUUAGCAAGAAGAAAGCUGCUCAAUGGUUUAUCCUUGGUAGAUUUGUUAGAAAGUGUAAUGAUGGCAGUCUGGAUACAUAUUGUCAGAUACAGAGAAACAGUUAAGGUCAUGUUGAAUUCAUUCUUUGGAGGAAUGUGUGAUGUCUCUUUCAUUUCAGACUUUCUGGACACCGUGUAGCGGCUGAUACCUUAUCUCGUAGAUGUCUCCCAUGGGCUUGUGUUUUCUUCUUUUUAUCUCUGUCUUGGUGUGUUACUGGGUGCCAGCAGGCUGCUAUGCCAAUGGCAAGGUCAGUGAAGUGUGUGGCAGCAUGGAGCCCCAUCAUCGUGUCCCUGGUCAAACCACUCAAAGCCCCUAUCACUUAGGGACCAACACCACCACAUUCAGUCCCAGAGAUCACAUCCAAGUAACCCUGUCUGGAACAUAUUUUGAGGGCUUUCUGCUUCAGGCCAGAGAUGCAGCCAGUCAGGGCUCAGUAACCACAGCUGGCACCUUCACCCUGACCAAUCUGAAAAAGACACAGCUGCUCACCUGUAACGAGCAAAAGGGUUCAGCAGUGAGCCAUACGAGUGAUGCCAGACAGACAGAGGUUGUUGUCAUCUGGAAUGCUCCUGCAGAUGCUCCCACGCAGGUUCAGUUUUUUGUGACUGUAGUUGCCCACUACAAUGUAUUUUGGGUGAAGCUGCCUGGACCAGUCAUCUAUCAGCAUGGUGUUACUCCCCAACCCCCUCAGUCAGACACUACACCUCCUCCAGUACAGCCCACAACCACACCCUCCAUCCUGCCUGGGCCUUUUACUUCUGAGGGAUGUGGCCAAUCAAAAUCAUGCCUGCUAGAUCCUCCAGGCUGUGAUCCAACAGAUCCUCACUGCUUCUUCCUGUCCAUGACUACAGAGGAACCAGACAAAAUGGCUGUGAUAUUUGAACUGAGUGGCCCAGCAGAGGGAUAUGUUGCCUUUGCACUGUCCUGGGACACAUGGAUGGGCAAUGACGAUGUGUACAUGUGUAUAAAUGAUGGGGGAGGAAUAUCAGUGAGUGCUGCCUUAGUCAGUGGACGAACACACCCUGAGGACGAGUCACAGUCUGGUCUCUCCUCAGUGUCAUGGCGGCUGGCAGAUGGAGUGAUUCAGUGCAGGUUUAGUAGACCAGUCAAACUGAGUAAUCAGGAACCAGCACGCUUUGAUCUGAAUCAAGAGUACUUUCUGUUUGUAGCCAGCGGACGUGCUCAGCAUGGUGAAGUAUGGAAACAUAGCCAGCAGCCAUUAAUCUCCACCCACAGAAAACACAUCACUGGACCCCCAGAGGUCCUGAGAGGCUCCCGGGGCCCCACCAUUAUGAAAAUGCAUGGUGCCUUAAUGCUGUUAGCUUGGAUGCUAACAGGAAGUGUUGGUACCUUCAUUGCCAGCUUCUACAAACCUGAUUGGCCAAAUCACACUCUGCUUGGCCAGAAAGUCUGGUUCCAGGUUCACCGAGGCCUGAUGAUGCUAACUGUGACUCUGACCCUUGUUGCCUUUUUCCUCCCAUUUUUCUACAGAAAAGGUUGGAGCAAGUAUCGGGGUCAGAUGACCAACAAGCCAUCUUGUCUGACCAAUCAGAGCACAGCCGCUGGGGGUCCUUCAUAAAGCAUCUCAUCUUGGCUGCCUUGGCUCUAGGGAACUCUGGUCUCCUAAUGGCCUUGCUGUCUUCUAUUGCUGAAAUCUGACAUUUAAUGGCAAAGAAACUCAAAUAACUUUUGAGACCAUAAAAUUGACUUUUUAUGCAAGGCUUAUAAUACCAGUAAUAUUCAGAGUUCAGCAAACCCUGUUAACAGAAAGAAAGAGGAACUUAACUUUAGUAUUCAGCCAAAGACACAAUCCUUUUUUAAAAUUCAAAACCAGAUCUGUUUCUUUUUUAUUUAUAUUCAUAUUUCAGUUGUAUUUGUGUAGUUAUAGGUUUACUUUAUUCCUAUACAUUUCUAAUUAAAUGUUCACACUCUUACUCUAUUUUGAGUAGCGUUACUAAUGUUUAAUGGCACUUCUUAUGGAAUAAUUCAUUAAAGAAAACUCCUAAAUCAGCAAAACCGUCCACCGCUGCUGUUUAAUGCUUUUGUUGCUUUUAUGCUGUCACGGAUAGUUUGUUUUAACCAUGUUGAACUUAAGUGAACAUUUUCAAUAAAACAUCUUAACCAGG